AUGAGGUUGAAGAAUGUGUUUUGGGCAGACGCCCGAAGUAGAGCUGCGUAUCAAUCAUUCGGGGAUGUUAUCACUUUUGAUACAACAUACCUGACCAACGCUUAUAAAAUGCCAUUUGCGCCAUUUGUGGGUGUGAACCAUCAUGGUCAGUCAAUCCUAUUCGGGUGUGGAUUGAUAUCCAAUGAGGAUGCAAAUACUUUUGAGUGGUUGUUUGAGUCAUGGUUGAAGUGUAUGAAUGACCGACCACCAAAUGCAAUUAUUACAAACCAAGAUAAGGCAAUGAAACUUGCAAUUGCGAGGGUGUUUCCAUCUUCUAGGCAUCGCUCUUGUUUGUGGCAUAUUAUGAAGAAGCUUCCGGAGAAGUUUGGAUCACAUUCUCGAUAUGACAAGAUCAAAGAUAGUCUACACAAAUGUGUGUAUGACUCAUUAAGUGAGAAUGAGUUUGAAGAACGAUGGGCAUAUUUGAUUGAAACCAAUGAUCUUCGCGAUAAUGCUUGGUUGGGAUCGCUUUAUGCUGAUAGGCAGUUUUGGGUGCCAGCGUACGUUAAAAAUACAUUUUGGGCCGGAAUGUCAACCACUCAACGAAGUGAGAGCAUGAAUGCAUUUUUUGAUGACUACGUUCACUCUAGGACCACAUUGAAAGAAUUUGUUGAUCAGUACGAUUCAGCCCUUCGGAGGAAGGCAGAGAAUGAAGCAAUUGCUGACUUCAAUUCAUUUAAUACUGAGAUUCCUUGCAUAUCUCACUAUCCUAUCGAGAAGCAAUUUCAAGAAAUAUAUACAAUUUCCAAGUUUAAGGAAGUCCAAGAAGAAUUUCGAGGCUUUUUAUAUUUGACUAUCUCAUAUUUAGGUGGUGAUGGUGCUGGACAUACAUUCGUAGUCGGGGAUGAGAUUAAAGUGAGUGAUGGAUGCAUUAAACGUGUAAACUAUUUUGUGUGUGUAUAUGGAGAAAAUCCCCUAGAUAUUACAUGCACCUGCAAAUUGUUUGAGUUUAGGGGAAUAUUAUGUCGACAUGCUCUUCGUAUUCUGGCACAGUUAGACAAGGGUGAAGUUCCACCGAAGUACAUUUUGGAUCGGUGGAGGAAGGAUAUAAAGAGACACUAUGUCAAUGUAAAAAGUAGUUAUGAGGCGACGAGCAACCCUGAGAGGCAAAGAUUUGAUCGGAUCCAAAAUUGUUUCUAUAAACUUUGUUCAAAUGCCGCAAAGACCGAGAGAAAUUGUGUGAAACUGAUAGGUCAGCUAGAACAGUUGAAGUCCGAGUACCCGGAUGACGAUCCAAAUGUGGGUACUUCCACAGCUGGUGAGGUUACUCCCAUGGAUGGCACAACAGGCAAAGUUCUUAGUCCGUUAGUUGUUCGGAGUAAAGGGAGACCCACAACUAAGAGAAGAACACACCCCGUUGAGAAGGCUCUCAAGAAACCGAGUACUAGAAGGAGACUGUCCACAACUGAGAGGAGUAGUCACUUAUCAAGAGAAGAUAGACGAAAUUACAGUAUGAGCGACACACAGCAUGAGGUUCCACAAACUCAGGUAUCCUGGCUACAUGAUCAAGAAAGCCAAGUUUGGACACAUGCGCCAGAUUUUUUUUGUACUCCCUCAACUGCUCGUCCACAUCCAGUACAAUUGCAACCAGUGGAUCAGUUGAAUGCCUCGGAUCAGGAUGAUCUAUAUCAGCCUAGAUGGUGGCAGCCAUGA